AGUCUCUCGAAUGCGGGGAAACGGCCUCGAGGCAGCUCAAGGUGGUGAAAAGGUGAGCAGUGAGACUUGCGAGGGACGGCCCCUCCAAGACUUUUCUCUCUUUGCACGCGAUCUUCAGAAGCUUUUUCUCCCACGGUUACCUCAUUCGAGUUCUUUCUGGCUGUCUGGAUAGGUGGAGAGCUCUCUGUGGCCAUUGACCCGAGACCACUAUAGGUACUUGACUGCUUCUUCUUUCCACCCUGUUUUUCUCUCCCCUCCACCACCCCUCUGUCCAGUCCAUAUAACCUCGCUCCAGCAGUCCAGAGCAAUUCUGCAGUCCAAACUUCCCUUACCUGGUGGCUGACCAGCUACUGCCGUCCUCACGUCCACCCCAUUUCCCUCUUUGACCGAGCCUUUCGAGCCUUGCUCUCUUCAAGCAAACCCAACCACCUUCACGAUGCCUUCCGACGACUGGGUUCAAAAGUUCGAGACCCUUCAGGUCCACGCUGGCCACUCGCCAGAUCCUGCCACCAAUUCUCGCGCUGUGCCCAUCUACCAGUCUACCUCGUUCACCUUCAAUGACAGUGCCCAUGGCGCCAGGCUCUUUGGCCUGAAAGAGUUUGGAAAUAUCUACAGCCGGAUCAUGAACCCUACCGUGGAUGUCCUGGAGAAAAGAAUUGCAGCCCUCGAAGGGGGCAUUGCCGCUGUUGCCGCUUCGUCCGGUCAAGCGGCGCAGUUCAUGACCAUUGCGGCGCUGGCACAUGCUGGGGACAACAUCGUCUCCACGUCCAAUCUGUACGGCGGCACGUACAAUCAGUUCAAGGUCAUGUUUCCGCGCUUGGGGAUCCAGACCAAGUUCUUGACCUCGGAAAAACCCGAAGACUUUGAGGCGGCGAUCGAUGACAAGACCAAGGCCGUGUACGUCGAGACCAUUGGCAAUCCUCGUUACAACGUGCCAGACUUUGAGGCGAUUGCCAAAGUCUGCAAUGCCAAGGGCGUGCCGCUGGUGGUGGACAACACCUUUGGCGCCGGUGGCUACUUCAGUCAGCCGAUCAAGCACGGGGCACAUAUCGUGGUGCACAGUACCACCAAGUGGAUUGGCGGCCAUGGCACCUCCAUUGGUGGCAUCAUUGUCGAUUCAGGCAAGUUUGAUUGGGCAGCCAACGCGAAAAGAUUCCCUCAAUUCAACGAUCCCGCUCCCGGCUACCAUGGCUUGAAGUUUUAUGAUACCUUUGGCCCGCUGGCUUUCAUCAUCCGAGUGCGUGUGGAGAUCCUGCGUGAUUUGGGAUCCUGCAUGUCGCCGUUCAACGCCCAGCAGUUCAUCCUGGGUGUUGAAACACUGAGCUUGCGAUGCGAGCGGAUUGCGGAGAACGCUUUGAAGCUGGCCAAAUGGCUGGAGAAACAUCCCAACGUGGCGUGGGUGUCGUAUCCUGGGCUGGAGAGCCAUCCCUACCAUCAACUGGCCAAGAAAUAUCUCCCCCGCGGGUUUGGAGGAGUCAUGUCUGUCGGUGUCAAGGGUGGCUCCGCUGCAGGUUCGCAGGUGGUGGACGGAUUCAAGAUUAUUUCCAACUUGGCCAAUGUCGGAGAUGCAAAGACGCUCGCCAUUCAUCCGUGGUCGACAACCCACGAACAACUCACCGAGCAGGAGCGCAUAGACUCAGGCGUCACCGAAGAUAUGAUUAGAAUCAGUGUGGGAAUUGAACAUAUCGACGACAUUAUUCACGACUUUGAGCAGAGCUUUGCCGCCAGCGCAGCCGCGCGACCGGAUGCGGAGGGCAACAAGGACAAUGCAGCGGCCGGAGCGAAGCCGAGUGGUGAUGCGACACUCAGUGGGGCUACCUGAUCUUCUUGACCUUUUGAUCUUGUUUCGUUUCAUGGAAUGUUGCGAUACAGAAAGAGGGAUCCUGAUGACAAAUUGGAUACAGGGCCGAAUCUUUAGAACGAAGGUGUUGGACCCGAGAAGAGAGCGCAAUGGGACACACGACGUUUCGUUAUACAUGGAGGGAUACAAAGGACGAUACCGCGGUUGUGGCUUUUAAUGGGGAAGUAGGCUCCUCCGUAUGGGUGUUGUCUGAAGCUGGAGAGCUGAAGACUCCCGAGGACUCUGUGAGGCUGUGGACCAAGAGCUGGGAAAGGGAAUUCCGCGAGAAGCUGUGGGCAGCCAAUCGGUGGUUGGCAGGACACUGAUGGCGGGUUUGAUAGCCAACAGAGAAGAAAUUUCACAUGCUUCGACAGUUUUGCAUUAUUCGGCAAUUCAAGUUGCCAGCUCGCCAGCUCCAGCUCUCGGUCAUAAUGU